AUGACCAGUCUCACUGCUAAGGACAAGGAAACAGUCAAGGCCUUCUGGGCCAAAAUGGCUUCGAAGGCGCAGGACAUCGGUGCUGAUGCUCUGAACAGGAUGCUGAUCGUGUACCCGCAGACCAAGACUUACUUCUCCCACUGGAAGGACCUGAGCCCCGGCUCUGCCCAGGUGCUGAAGCACGGAAAGACCGUCAUGGGUGGAGUUGAGUAUGCUGUGACCCAACUGGACGACCUGAAAGCAGGUCUUCUGAGCCUCAGUGAGCUGCACGCCUUCACCCUGAGAGUGGACCCUGCCAACUUCAAGAUCCUCUCCCACAACAUCCUUGUGGUCAUGGCCAUCACGUUCCCAGAGGACUUCACCCCUGAGGUCCAUGUGUGUAUGGACAAGUUCCUGGCUGCUCUGGCUCUGGCCCUGGCUGAGAAAUACAGAUAA